AUGCAACAACUUGAGGGAAUGGUGGCUCAUAAAAAAUCGGAAUGGGAGGGGCAGACACACGCUUUGGAAACUUGCUUGGACAUCCGUGACCAGGAACUCAAGACUCUGAGGAAUCAGCUGGGUGUGAAGCACAAAGAGGUGAAAAUGCUGCGCCAGGAGAUUGAAAGAACCAAGCAAGACAUGGCCAUUGGGUACAUGCAAGAGCUGAAGAAGCUACAGGAAGAAUUAGGCAGACCGAAGAGACGCUACGAAAACCUGCAGAAAAAGCAAAUAAGAGAUUUCAGAGGAAAUACCAAAAAUCAAAGGGAGUAUCGGUCUGCAAUUGAAAACCUAACGGGAAAAAUAGAGGAAUUUCGUCAGAAAUUGCUGGACUGGGAGAAGCAGCGCUUGAUUUCUCAGCAACAGGUAUCUUCUCUGGAAGCACAAAGGAAGGCUCUGGCUGAACAAUCGGAGAUAAUUCAGUUGAAAGAACAGAUUUUGCAGGCUGAACAAACUUACAGCUCUGCACUGGAAGGAAUGAAGAAGGAAAUCUCCCAGCUAGCUCAGGAGUUACAUCAGCGGGAUAUCACUAUUGCUUCUGCCAAGUGUUCUUCAGACAUGGAAAAGCAGCUGAAAGCAGAGAUACAUAAAGAAGAGAAAGCUGUGGAGCAUAAGGAGAUUUUGAAUCGGCUAGAAUCACUCCAGUUAGAAAAUCGCCAUCUCUCUGAAACAGUAAUGAAACUGGAAUUGAGUUUACAUGAGUGCUCCUUGCCUGUCACUUCCCCGGGAUCCAUAGCUACCAGAUUUUUGGAAGAGGAGGAGCCAAAGUCUCACCAUAGUCUGGAGCGCCUGGAUGCCCACACUGAAGAACUGAAAAGGGAAAGUGAGAAGACAGUGAGGCAGUUCACCACCCGUAUGUAGCUCCUGUGGCCACAAACAUGGAAUAAACCCUCAGAGGCGCUGCCCUGUGAAGAAGUCAUGCUUUAAAGCAUGAUUGUAAAAUUAUAAAAUGAUGCCUGUGAAAGCAGCAAGAAGAAUCAGAAAAACUGGUACUUAGGUAUUUUCACCGGUUUGUUUGAAGGGCCUCUUCCAACCAUGACUUAUAAAAAUAAACCAC